UGAAGAUUGGGACCAACCAAACACCGAUUGUUGCAGCAUGAGCACGACCGAGGCCAAGACGGGCACGAAGCGCAAGGCUGCGUGGCAGCCGCCGGUUUACAAGAAGCGCAAUGUGGCGUCGACGGCCAAGGGCUUUGCCGGCGUCCUCGUGACGUGCGACCGCACCAAGGAACGCCAGGUCGUCAAGGACAUCCUCAACAUCCUCAACGACACGGCCGAUAAGCACUACCCCAAGGACGUCGACGAAAACGAUGACGACGACGACGACGCCGACGAUGACUCGAAGACGUCGGCCGAGAAGCUCGCGGAGGAAAUCAAGGGCCUCAAGAAGGACAAGGGUCGCUUCAUUGCACUCGACUCGGGCGUGAAGGGCAUCAUUAUGAUCCAAAUCGCUGACAAGAAGAUCCCGGUCGUUGCGCUGGUCAACCACAUCUUUGAAGAGAUCGAGGCGACCAAGCAGUUUUCGUCGCGCUUUAUCCAGCGUGUGAUUCCGCUGGAAAACCUGUGCUUCCCGGAUAUCGCCGAGAUCACGGAGGCGGUCACGCCGUACAUUGAGCGCCACUUUAAGGACACGAAGGACCUGACGUUUUCGGUCGAAGUCAAGAAGCGCAACUCGGGCAACAUUGCGUCCAUGGACAUCAUCAACGCAUGCGUCGCCGUCGUUGGGUCUGCGCACAAGGUCAACCUUACAACGCCCGACGUGGUCAUUUUGAUUGAAAUCUUUAAGAACGUGUGCGGUGUGAGCGUCGUCACCAACUUUCACCAGUUCCGCAAGUUUAACGUGCGCUCGAUCUUGGACCCGCCGCCGGUGACGGGCACGAAGAAGGAGUCGUCGAAGAAGACGACCGAGGAAAAUGCCGCCAAGAAGGACGCGACGGAGGAAGAGGACAAGGAAGACGAUGCGUAAAGUCUCGCAGCAUGGAUGCGUCGUUCUCUCCGAUUCCGACCCGCGACUAGCCCUUCACUAUGUAGAUGCAAAAAUCAGUUCUUAUUUGCGCCAAUAUUUCGACGCUAUCCCACCAGAGCGCGGUGGAAUGGCUCGAAAAUUUAUCCACUCGAG